ACGCGGGGCGGGGCGUGCGGGGGCGCGCGCGUGCGCAGGCGACCGGCGGAGGACUGAAGCAGAUCCUUGGAACCGCCGCCAGGUCUGCUCUGUGUCCACGCCGUCUGUCGCACCGCCCGCCCAGCGUCCGCCGUUGCCGCCGCCGUCGCCGCCAUGGGAGUGCAGGUGGAGACCAUCUCCCCAGGAGACGGGCGCACCUUCCCGAAGCGUGGCCAGACCUGCGUAGUGCACUACACCGGGAUGCUUGAAGAUGGAAAGAAAUUUGAUUCUUCCCGGGACAGAAACAAGCCCUUUAAGUUUAUGCUAGGCAAGCAGGAGGUGAUCAGAGGUUGGGAAGAAGGAGUAGCCCAGAUGAGUGUGGGUCAGCGAGCCAAACUGACUAUCUCCCCAGACUACGCCUAUGGUGCCAAAGGGCAUCCCGGCAUCAUCCCACCACAUGCCACUCUUGUCUUCGAUGUGGAGCUUCUAAAACUGGAAUGACAGGAGUGGCCUCUUCCCUUAGCUCCCUGUCCUUGGAUCUGCUAUGGAGGGAUCCUGUGUCUCCAGAUGCGUGCACAUGAAUCCAUAUGAAGCUUUUCCUGAUAUCCCACUACUCUUUGUAUAAAAGUCUACCCCAACUGAAUGUGUUCUGUCACUCAGCUUUGCUUCUGACACCUCCAUUUCUGCUUUCAUUUCUCCUUGUAUUUGUUGUGUUUACCUACACUGUAUGCCAUAAACCUCAAGUUACUCAUUUUGUUUUUGUUUUUGGUUGAAGAUUUAAGUUUUGGAUCUAGUUUCCAAUUAAGUGUAUUGUGAAGUAUUAACAGCACAAGUAAUGGGUUAACUUUAGAAUAGUAAUUGGUGUUGGGGGGUGGGGUUUGCAAGAAUCUUUAUUUUAUUUUUUUUGGAUGAAAUUUUUAUCUAUUAUAUAUUAAACAUUCUUGCUGCUGCGCUGCAAAGCCAUAGCAGAUUUGAGAUGCUGUUGAGGGCCAAAUUAUUCUCCAUUGUGAGAGAUGUCCUUGAAUUAAAAGCCCUACCCAAAACUGAAGUAGGGAGGGGGAGAGCCUUAGCCUCUGACAGCCUCAGCCACCUACCUUGAAACCUUUGCCUUUUGAAAGCCGGUCACUUUCACUGCGAAGUUGGACACUAUAGGUAUCUGUCCCUGGGCCAGCAGGGACCUCUGAUGCCUUCUUCAUGACCUGAACCCCCCCACCCCAUCCUGUGGUUUUUCUAAUGGAUUUUCAGGACUUUUGUAAUCUUAUAACUAUUCAAGCUCCACUUCCUAAAUUUUAAGAACUUUAAUUGCAAGUUUAAAUUGAAGGUGCUGUUUGUAGAUUUAUCACCCAAUGAAAGCCCUGCCAUCAUGACAAAUUCCUUGAAUGUUCUCUUAAGAUAAUGAUGCUGGUCAUCGCAGCUUCAGCAUCCGUUUUUUGUUUUUGUUUUUUUGUUCUUUGCUUUUUUAAUGCUUGGCUCUCUCUGCUGACCUCAAAGAGUCUCCUGGCUUUUCUUCCCUCAGUUCCUUCUCACCCUUUGCUGUCCUGUGUAGUGAUUUGGUGAGAGACGUUGUUGCUUUGUUCCCCAUUCCAUAUACCCUCAGAGUCACCCCCUCUCCCAUACCACAUAUGAGUUUCAAGUUUUAUUAUUGCAAUAAAAGUGCUUUAUGCUGGCUUUUCUCA